AGCGCUAACUCAUCGGCCGCUUUGGCUAAUAAUAAUCCUCUCCUAACAGCUCCUUAUCCUCAAGAUUUAUCUCUCAGAUCAGCUGCCAUGCUGUCCGCCCAUCAUCACCACCAGUCCCUAACACAUCCAGCGUUCAGCUUAUUUAGCGGACCCACACCGUUGGCACGCAUCGACCCCUCCAGACUAGAUCCGGCCCUCAUCGGCCGAUUAGGUCCUUCAAGUGAUGCUGAAGAUCAUGAUCUCGAUGGCGAUGAUGAACUCUCGAUUGUCGGUCACAAGUACUGCAAGUACUGCAGGAAUACACCUGAGAUAUACUCUUUGAAUGUCACUUAUUCUCUGUUGAGAAUUGGUUUCAAUAGCUGUAAUAAUACCUCAAACGCUAACCAACGAAAUGAUGUGGUCUUAAAGAUGCAGAAGAAACAAAGGAAAGCCAGGACUGCAUUCACUGACCAUCAGUUACAAACUUUAGAGAAAAGUUUUGAGCGCCAGAAGUACCUCUCAGUUCAGGAUAGGAUGGAAUUGGCGGNUUUAAAUGCAUUAUCUGAAAGUUUUGGUACUUUUAUCGGAACUACCGUUUCGUAUGACUACUGGUGUGGGGACGAGGAGUUGGCGUAA